AUGUUUUCUGCCUUGAAGAAAUCAUUGAGGAUAGAGCCAAAGACCGAAGCGCCAAAAAAUGAUACUCCAGACAAAGAGACGAAAGAAGAGGAUAGAAUAGAGGAUAUCAUCGUAAUCAAAGAUCUAGACGCGACAAGAAAUGAAGGAGGGACUGGAACAAUCGAAGAAGCUAGAGAUGAAGAUUUGUUUGUGGUGAAAGAUCUGGAUGCAAGAUUGGAAGAGGAAGAUACAAAGAGGGAACAGAAUCUGGGAGUCGAAGAGGGAUUGGAGGAUAACAAAAGGGAAUCCGAAAGCAUCGGAGAGAAAUAUGUGAAGGAGGACGAUACUUUGGUAGUGACAGAUUUAGAUGUCAAGGACGAAAUCGAGAGUGUGGAAGAGAAAGAUGCUAAAGUGGAUGAAACUCACGUGGAAACGGACGUUACCGAGGACAACGUUGAAGAAGAAUCAACACAAGAAUUAACGUUACCAUCGAUAUCAUCAAAGAACAUUGAAAUCCCAUCAUCACCGUCACCACCGUCGCCACCAUCAUCAGAAAUUGGUGAUUAUGUUGAAGAAAGCAAGGGGAAACAAACGACAACGCCGCUUGCCGCUUCGGCAAUUUUUGACACCCCUGGCAACGAUCGUUGCUUGGUGGGGUCACCGCCGGCAACUACCGCCAAUCCUAAUUUAGAAGUAAACAAAUUUGAGGAAACCAGCACAUCCACAUCACCACGUCACUCACGUACAAUUUCACCAACUCUUAUUGAAAAUCAUAGUCACACGCAAAAUCAAGAAAAGAGGUUUUCUUCUUCCACAACAGAUUUUGAAAUAAACGCUCCGAAUACCCCACCUGCGACACCACCUAGGGUUGUAAGGCGGGAAAGAUCUGCGAGCCAAAGAGAACGCGAGACACUACGUUCGAGACAAUUUUCCGAGGCAGCACGAUUGCAGAGAUCUGCAGAGAAACCCGAGAAAGGCGAGGAAGAGCUCGGGCUAGGAAGAAGAAGAAAGAGAUAUCAGCAUAGAAAUAAAUCUAAGGGAUCAAUUUCAGGCUCAGGGGAAGCGUUGAAAGCAGUUGAACCGCUGCAUGAGCAUCAGCUUGGAAAGAUGGCUUUUGCUGAACAGCAACAGUGGAUUACGGUGCAACAGAAGACUUUCACGAAAUGGUUAAACACCAAGAUAGCGCACAGGAAAUUGGAGGUAAUAGAUUUGGUUAAAGAUUUGAGCGAUGGAGUCAUUCUCAUCCAUCUUCUCGAAUGCCUUUCCAACGAAUCACUCGGACGAUAUGCGGCGAAGCCUAAACUACGAGUGCAGCGAUUUGAGAACGCAAAUUUGUCGCUAGACUUCAUCAAAUCCAGAGGAAUCCAAAUGACAAACAUCGGAGCCGAAGAUGUUGUGGACGGAAACCGCAAAAUCAUACUCGGCUUGAUCUGGACGCUCAUUCUCCGAUUUACCAUCUCCGACAUCAACUUGGAGGGUAUGACUGCAAAAGAAGGUUUAUUGCUAUGGUGUCAAAGAAAAACAGCUUGCUACGAAGAGGUCGAUGUUCGAAAUUUUACAGACAGUUGGAAUGAUGGCUUAGCAUUCUGUGCAUUGCUUGAUAUCCAUCGCCCAGAUCUAAUCGAUUAUGAUACUUUGGACAAGGAUGAUCACCGAGGAAAUAUGCAAUUGGCUUUUGACAUUGCUACUAAGGAAAUUGGUAUUCCGGCACUUUUGGAUGUUGAGGAUGUCUGCGACGUGGCUAAACCGGAUGAAAGGAGUUUGAUGACCUACAUAGCCUAUUGGUUCCAUGCCUUCUCGCAAAUGGAGAAGGUGGAAAAUGCUGGUCGAAGAGUAGAGAAGUUCGUUAACAACAUGCAAGGAGCUUGGGAGAUGCAGAGUGCUUACGAGAAGAGAAUGAGAGCACUUUUGAAGAGUAUUAAGGAGCAGGUUGUUACUUGGCAAGAUGCGACGUUCGAAGGUACGUAUGCAGAUGCAAAGAAACAAGCGACACACUUUAGUUCAUACAAGAGAGGCCAGAAAAGAGAGUGGGUUGCAGAGAAAAGUGAUCUUGCAGCACUGUUAGGGAACAUAAAGACGAAGCUCAGCACAUACCGUCUUCGAGCUUAUGACCCACCCCCAGAGUUGAGGUUGAGUGUUCUGGAUGAAGAAUGGGCGAAGUUAAUGAAAGGGGAAAUGGCAAGAGGUCAACUGAUAAACGAGACCAUCAGGGAUAUCAAAAAUGCCUUACGAAGAUCUUUCGCCGACAAAGCCAACGACUUCGCGACUACUCUGAAUACUAUGCAAUUGGCAAUAUCAGGAUUGGAGGGUGAUGUGGAGGAUCAACUGGUUCAUGUACGCCGAUUACAUGAUAACCUUCCACCUCUCAAUCAAUUCUUGGAUCAAAUCGAGGCCAUAGACAAGAAAUGCGAGGAAGCAAAUAUUGAGGAGAAUGAUUUUACGACUUACACAUACGAUGAGCUUUGCUACGAGAUGAGUCUUGUCAAAAAUUCCGUUGCGAAGAAGUUGGCAUUCUUGGACAACCAAGUAGUGGCUCGUAACAUGACAAAUUUGACGCCAAUACAACUUGAAGAAUUCGAAAGUGUUUUCCGACAUUUUGAUCGCGACGCUACCAACAGUCUACAAGAGUUGGAAUUCAGUGCAGCCUUGGCAUCACUUGGUCUCGUCUUCUCCGAAGACGAAAUGCACGACUAUUUCCUCGACACAUCAAACGGAAAAGACUACGUAACGUUUGAAGAAUUCAUCCGAUUUAUGGUGGAUGUCACAGAAGAUCAAAAUACAGCGGAGCAAGUUUUUCAGUCCUUCCGCGAAGUUGCGGACGGCAAACCAUAUGUUACAGAAAUGGAUUUGAGACAUAGUUUGGUACCCGAUGAAGUCAUUGAAAAAUUGACUCAGUUCAUACCAAUGCAUAAAGGCCCUGAUCUACAAGAGGAUAGAGGUAUGCCACAAUAUGAUUACAUCAGUUUUAUGGACAAAUUACUUGGAGGAAAUGAGGAAGAUGGAAAUGAGGGGGCUUUAAGCGAAUUGACCAAUGGAAGAAGUCCAAAGAGAGCGAGUGGGAGCGGUGGAAAGGCAAAUGGGGCUCAUUGA